AUGGCUGCUGCAGAGACGCGCAGGCUGCUUGAACAGCUCAUGGGCGAGCAGCUCAUGAGCGGCUCCGACCAGCGCGCGCCCCAGCUCAGCAUCACCGACCCCAAGGUCUGCCGCUCCUACCUCGUCGGCAACUGCCCCCACGACCUCUUCACCAACACCAAGAACGAGCUGGGCCCGUGCCCAAAGGUCCACAACGAGGCCCUCAAGAACGAGUACCAGGACGCCGACGCCGACCAGAAGCGGCGGUGGGGCUUCGACUUCGACUACCUGCGCGACAUGCAGCACCACAUCGACGGCUGUAACCGCAAGAUCGACCAGGCCCAGCGCCGCCUGGAGAAGACGCCCGAGGAGAUCCGCCAGACCAACGCGCUGCUGAAAUCAAUCAACGAGCUGACCAAGUCCAUCGACGCCGGCAUGCUCGAGGUCCAGAUCAUGGGCGACGAGGGCGUCGUCAACAUGGCCGUGCAGGAGUUUACCAAGGUGCGCAUGAAAAAGGCCGAGAAGGAGGAGCGCGAACGCGAACUGCGCGCCCUCUCCGACACGGGCGGUCCCUCGGGCCACCAGAAGCUGCAGGUCUGUGACGUGUGUGGUGCGUACCUGAGUCGCCUUGACAAUGAUCGCCGCCUAGCAGACCACUUCUACGGAAAAAUGCAUCUUGGCUAUGCGCAGAUGCGCAAGUCGUAUGAAUCCCUGCAAAAGGAACUCAAGGGCCGCGCCCCUCCCCGCGACGCAUACCCCUCCCAGGCCGACGACCGAGGCGCAGGCGGCUGGGGAGGAGGUGGCUACGGUGGCCGCGGAGGGCGACGUGGCCGCGGCGGCAGAAGAGGCGGAUGGUAG